AUGUCGGACAUGGAGGAAGAGAUAGGUUCUUACCGUGUGCAUGAUGUCUAUGCCGACUUAUCAGAACAAGAGCGUACGAACUACCCCGAAUUCGCUCUGUACGACAAACAGCUGGAAUAUCAGAAACAAGGGGGAGAUACUCGCGAACUCCAAGGCGGAUGGGCAUUGGGUAAAUACAUGAACCUAGCAAUGAAGCGCAAGAUCUGGAAAAUGCAUCAGGAAUCUCGCGGUGGGCAUGAUUCCUUGACGAGAUGGUUCGUAUUUAUAGAUACGGACACAUUCGUUGAAUGGGAAAAUCUCCUUGUUCUUCUGAACCAUCUCAAUCAUGCGAAUAAGAUUUACAUCGGCAGUCCAGUCUGGCUGCCAAAGCUGCAGUUUGCUCAUGGCGGGAGCGCAUACGUCUUAUCAUAUGGUGCCAUGAAAGCACUAAAUACCCCCGAGACAGAUGAAAAGGAACAGCUACUGUAUAGUCAAUUCGGUUUCAAUACAACUGCAUUGUGCUGUGGCGAUGAGGCCCUCGCGUGGGUAUUGAAAUCGAAAGGUGUCAGUCUCAAAGGUUACUGGCCAAUGUUCAAUGGCGAGGUACCAACUGCUGUUUCCUUCGGUGAAGAUCUUUGGUGUGAGCCCGUCAUCUCUUUGCAUCACCUUAGCGGGGAGGGCAUGCAAGAUCUCUGGCAGUGGAUCGAGGAGUGGAAGCAUAGGACGUCUAGCUUGCAGUCGGCGUCACAACCCGCAACUCAAACUACUAGUAAUACAACUCUUCCCGUCAACCCUCCAUAUGUCAAGCGAGACUUGUGGGACGAAGCGUACGAGGCUCUCCGCGUUGAGAACGAGGACUUGAUUCAGAAGUAUGAAGAGAUCAUACUCGAACAUGAUAAACAGAACACGGGCCCUUCGGUGCAGCAACUAGCCCCGCCAAAGUCUUCCAGGCGGGAGGAACAGUUAAGACAGAUAGUGAGCCAGAAGAUAGACGAAAUCGACCUUGCAAAAUGGCAGAUCAAAGCUGGCAAUCACUCUAUCGUCCUUCGUGACCAGUUUGACAAGGCAGUCAAAGUCGUCAUAGCAACGAAAGAGUUCAUAUCUUCUGCUGUCAGCUCCGAGCCUCAUGCUGCAUUGGCAUGGGCUGGAGUUUGUGUUUUUCUUCCUCUUCUGGAAAAUCCUACAAAGCAGGGUAAAGAUGUUCAAGAUUGCAUGGAGACCAUUCCCUUUGUUGUUCGUCGUCUGAGAGUCAUGGAAAGACUCAUUCGGCCAAGCUCGGCUCAAUCCCAAGAUGCCCACCAUGUGGAUAGUAUUGCGCUAAUCCAUGAUUUUGAGGAGAGUACAAUCGAGCUGUAUCGAACAAUUCUCGACUUUCAAAUUCGAGUUGGAAGACAGUAUUCAAAGAACUGGGCUACGCGAUACGGAAGAGACGUUUUCAAAGCCGAUGAUUGGGCUGGUUUGAAGAGUCAGAUAGAUACGCUUGAAAGCAAAUGCACUGUUCUUGCGCGGGAUCUGAGCCUGGAAAAGAUCGAAGCAGGACUGCAGUCAAGCGAUCUUCAUAUUCAACGGGGAUUUGAGCAAAUGCAGAAAGAGCUUGCAAAGACUGCAACCAGUAUUGACCGCCAGACAAUGUUACAGUCAACUUGGCGCCAGACAGACGAGGAGCGAGAAGUUGUGCAACUUUUCCGGAAGGGCAAUCCUUAUGAAAACCAGAAGAACCGCAUACCAAAACGAGUUUCUGAAACAUGCAAUUGGGUCCUGGAGAACAAAAAGUUCUUGGAAUGGGAGCAGAGUCAAGUUCCUGACCUCCUUUGGCUGUCAGCUAAACCCGGUUCGGGCAAGUCAGUGGUAGCAAAAACUUUGGUUGAUGAACGUCUGGGAGCCACCCAACCAGGUUAUGCCGUGUGUUAUUUCUUCUUCAAGGAUAUAUCUACCUACCAAAGAAGUCCGACUAGCGCUAUGGCGGCGAUGCUUCAUCAGCUGUUUUCCGCUAUUCCGUCUCUUGUACGACACGCAUUGUUUCCAUAUGAGCUCAACGGGAAGGAGCUGCCUUAUCUUCUAGAUGUCAUGUUCGACAUUCUCGUGGAUGCGGCUAAUGAUACAGCUGUGACACAGAUUGUGUGCGUUAUGGAUGCGCUCGAUGAAUGCGAUGAGCACGAGCGAUUAUUCUUGAUCGAGAAAAUAACCAACUUCUAUCGAGAAUCAAAAGGCUUCGCGCCAGACGAACAACCUAAAUUGAAAUUUUUCUUGACGAGUCGGCCUUACGAUGACAUCCAAUUUCAAUUUCAUCAACUAGUUCAAGAGGUGCCCACCAUCCACUUAUCCGGGGAUGAGGAAUCUGCAGGUAUCAGCAGCGAAAUAGAUCGAGUCACAAUAGCAAACGUGCAGAAACUAGCAAAUGAGAAGGGAUUUGACCAAGAAACGACAAAGUUCCUUCAAGACAAGCUGCUAGAAGUUGAAAACAGGACGUACCUGUGGCUGAGUUUGAUCAUGGAGGAGAUACGUACCAGUCACCGGCGAGGGAACCGGAGAGAGAUUGAAAAGCUUGUCUCGGAUAUACCACGAAGCGUCAUGGAUGCGUACGACUCGAUUCUGAACAAGUCUCGGGACAAACAGCUUGCACGCGAAUUGCUGCACAUCAUCCUAGCUGCUAAAACGCCUCUGAGCUUAGAAGAAGUGAGUGUCGCCACGGCGCUGGCUGGAGAUCUUAGUUACAACUCUUACGAAGACAUUGGACUGGAAAGCCCGGAUGCCUUUGGGAGGAGAAUCCAGAAUGUUUGUGGGUUGUUCGUGACCAUAGACGAUGGCCAUGUGUUUCUCAUUCAUCAAACUGCCAAAGAGUACUUGAUGGAGAAAGAAAAUGAGGUUAAUGGUGAUUGGAAGCACACCUUCCGCUCCAAUGAUUCCGAGACACUUAUCGCCAGUGUUUGUAUUUCUCUUCUUUCCUUUGAGUGCUUUGCGAACGAUCCGCUUCCUGAUGAAAGCGUUGAUGUUGAAGUAGACGAUGAGAGUGAUGGCGGAUCUGUCAAAACUAUUGAUAUCGGGAAGAACCGAUAUGUGUCUGAUUUCUAUCGCGAGAGUCACCCAUUCCUGGAUUAUGCUGCCAGAAAUUGGAUAGAGCACUGCCAGAAGUGUGAACUCGAGUCUCAAGAAGCGUGGCAAUCGCGUAUCACCACUUUGUGUGAUACACGCACGUUGAAAUAUCAACGAUGGUAUUCGAUAUAUCGGCACGCAGACGAUGGGCAUCUUCCCGAGGUAAUGACCAGUUUGAAUCUGGUCGCAGAAUUCAAGUUCCCUAAUAUACUCCGUCGUCUCCUAGAGCAAGGUGCAGAUCCAAACGAACCCGAUGCGCAGGGAGCGACUCCCUUGCAACGCGCCGCUAAUACCUCCCUAGAAGCGACGGAGAUACUCCUCAAAGCUGGAGCAGAUGUCAACGCCACAGGAUGGAAUACGCCGUGGGUCAUCGAGGUGAACGAAAAUGGUAGCGAAAGAGAAGUAAAGAAAUUUUCUGGUACGCCUUUGUACAUGGCGAUCACAGGAGAUGAUGUCGAUAUCGUGGAAUGCUUAAUCCGGGGCGGAGCCUCGGUAGACCUUCCAUCGGCUGGKAUCGUACCAUUGACUCAGGCACUUAUCAUAGCGCAGUGGAAUGACAGCUCCAUGGAGAUCUUUCGGAUUCUUCUUGAUCAUGGCGCAGAUGCGACUGUUAAGACAAGCCAGCCCAUGCUGCAGAUUGAUCUGGGUUGGACACCGCUUCAUUACGCAGCGCAUUUCAACAACAUUGAGGCUAUAGAGAUGCUUCUCAAACAUGGGAACGUCAACAUUAAUGAGCGGACUGCAACGGAAAGGGAGAUCGCUGCCGAGAUUGCAGAAGAUGACGAUGAUGAAGAUGUAGAGGUCUCUAAAGUUGAAGAGCAAACUGUGGAAGAUGUAGACGAGAAAUGCAAGGAUGACCAUGCUUCGUCUCAGAACAGCGAGGACAAUGGUGGUGAUGAUGAUGAAUCAACCGAAGAUACAGACAUCAAGCCGGCCGGUGAUAAUGAUUAUGACGCUCAAGUAUUCGUUACUCCAGAUAGUGAAUAUACCACCAGCUCAUAUUUUGAAGAAAGCGACUCAGAUUCCGACGACAGAAUCCACGCUGAUUUCAACCCUAAAUCAACCAACGACAAUGAAUCCGACAAAGACAAUGCCACCGUCAGUUCGGCAGACUCCUCCACAAUCUGGCCAGGCUGCACUGCAUUACACAUUGCAAUCGACAAAAAGAAUGUGGAGGCUGUCAAAUUGCUGUUGCAGAACGGUGCAGAUAUGCAUAUCAAGGACAGUAAUGGAACGUCGGCCUUGCAUCUCGCGCUGUCGCUCCGUAACUAUGGCGAAACCAAUAAGAUCAUAGGGUUGCUGCGAGAGUUUAAAACAAGGGAGGAGGUUGACUGGGAGUGGAGGCCGUCGUCACGUCAAGAGUAA